UCAUCUCGCGUUUUCUCUCCCUCACCACCAUACAUCCAGAAAACAAUAAACCAAGAUGCAAGACCUCACGGCGGUAGACAACCAUGCGCUUCAAGCAGCUCUCCACCCCAUCUCCGUCUCCUCCAGCUCCCCGCUCGCCACUUUCUCCAACUGGGCCAAAACGUUCAAGUGUAAACCACAACGUGUCUUUGUGCCGACCACCGCCCUCCAGUGUCGACAGAUCCUAGAGCUGGCGAGGAGGGAGGGUGCGAGGGUGCAUCCUGUUGGCGCAGGCCAUUCACCGUCGGACUUGGCGUGUACGAACGGGUGGUUGGUGAGGAUGGAGGGGCUGAGGGGGACCGUCAAGAUUGACAGCGAGAAACACACCGCCACCUUUCUCGCCGGAACGACCCUCCACGAAGUCCACGCUUCGCUCGCUUCCUCCGAUCCCCCACUCGCUAUCCCCAACGUUGGCUCCAUCUCUGACCAAACGAUCGCUGGUCUCAUCUCCACCGCCACCCACGGAUCGGGCGUCACUUUCCCCGUCUUAUCAGCCCACGUCAAAUCCCUCCUCCUCGCGCUCCCUCUCCCCGGUACCCCGCUUGUCAGAGUCUCACAGAGCGAAGAUGAAGAGCUGUUCAAAGCUAGUUUAUGUGGUUUAGGAGCGACCGGUUUGAUUUUGGAAGUAGAGAUCGAGGUGGAGGACGCGUUUAGGUUGAGGGAGACGAAAGAGGGGAAACGGGUGGAAGAGGUGCUGGAGAGUUUGGAUGAGAUUAGGAAGAGUGCAGAGCAUGUGAGGGUUUGGUGGUACCCGUAUGGGAAGGGGGCGGUUGUUGGACGGGCCAGCAGGACUUAUGAGCCUGCUCAACCUACGUCCGAUCUUGUGGGACAUAUCCUCGGCUUUCAUGUUACCCAGUUCUUCCUCUACGUAGCACGCAUCUUCCCUUCCUUGACGUCCUUGGUCGGCCGCUGGGCGUGGUGGCUCUCAAAAGAAGACAGCGUCAUGGUCGAUGAUGGUUACAAAGUUCUCAAUUUCGACUGUCUCUUCCCCCAGUACGCCUUGGAAUGGGCCAUCGACGCCAAAGAGGCCAAAGCAUGCUUGCAAGAAAUGAAAAAGUGGUUGGACCGCGAAGCCGCCGAUCCCGCCGGUCUCCGUGUCCACUUCCCUAUCGAGAUCCGUUGGUCUUGCGCCGACGACAUCUGGCUCAGUCCGUCAUACGGCAGGGAUACCUGCUGGAUCGGUGUAGUCACCUACCGUCCGUACGGUCUUUCUGUGCCUUACCGCCAGUUCCACGAAAAGUUUUCUUCCCUCUUAAAGUCCUAUGGCGGAAGACCGCACUGGGCGAAACAGCAUAUCUUGGGACCCAAGACGCUAGAGGUGAUAUACCCGAAAUUCAAGGAUUUCCAGCAAGUGCUGAGGAGGGUGGAUCCCAGUGGUGUGCUUUUGAGUGAGAAUGUGCGUAGACAUGUGCAGGGUGAGAGUAUCCCGGAGAGUCUGUUCGAAAGACGUUGAGUGUUGGGCCAUACGGUGAAUAGGGCGUGAGGUAAAUGUGUUUGAGGGAGUACCGGGAGGGGAAAAAAAUGGAUUCAUGUUUUUAUUAACGCAACACAAAUUCCAAAAUUUCGGUGAUAAGUACUGUACAAAAUCAUGCACCAUUGCU